GGAAGCCAGAAAGCGAAACAGCUGUCUGAGGAGACUCAGUGCAGUGCAGCCAGAGCUGGAACCGCACACCCUGAUAUCCACGCGCAAUCUUAGGCCACUGAUAGCUGAUGGAGGAGCUGCUGGAUGAGUUACUGGUUGGAGAGCUGGAUGGAUAGAGGAGUAAGAGACAGAGGAAGAAUCUCCAGAUACAUGACAAAUAAGAAGCAGGAUUCCCUUAACGCAUAUUAGAAGACAUUGUGGAAAGGGACAAUCAAGCAAGCGAAAGGCGUAAUUUCUCCGUACACCUCUGGAGGAUUUACACAAACUAUUUUCAUUGUCUGAAUAGGAGAAACCUUCUGCAGCUAAUUUGUAUCUAGGCUAAUGCAGGAUGAGUCUCACUGGAGAGAAACUGCAUCUGUGCUCUGAGUGUGACAAACACUUUAAAUAUAAAUCAAAACUAAUCUCACAUCAGAGGAGUCACACAGGGGAGAAGCCUUUUACAUGUUCUGAAUGUAGCAAGUGUUUUUCCCUUAAGCAAAAUCUUGUUAAACAUCAGAGGUGUCACACAGGAGAGAAACCAUUUACAUGUUCUGAAUGCAGCAAAUGUUAUUACCGUAAUUCACAUCUUGUAAUACAUCAGAUGAGUCACUCAGGAGAAAAACCAUUUAAAUGCUCUGAAUGUAGCAAGUGUUUUACAAAGAAGCAAGAACUUGUUAGACAUCAGAGGAGUCACACCGGAGAGAGACCAUUUACAUGCUCUGAAUGUAACAAGUGUUUUUUUUCCAAGAGAGAACUUGUUAUACAUCAGAGGAUUCACACAGGAGAGAAACUAUUUCAAUGUUCUGAAUGCAGCAAAUGUUUUUCCCAGAAUUCACAUCUUGUUAUACAUCAGAGGACUCACAAAGGAGAGAAACCAUUUAAAUGUUCUGAAUGCAGCAAGUGUUUUACAAAGAAGCAACGACUUGUUAUACAUCACAGAAUUCACACAGGAGAGAAACCUUUUAAAUGCGUUGAAUGUAUCAAGUGUUUUGCCGAGAAGCAAGAUCUUGUUAUACAUCAGAGGAGUCACACAGGAGAGCGACCAUUUAAAUGCUCUGACUGUAGCAAGUGUUUUACCCAAAAGUCACAUCUUGUUACUCAUCAGAGGAGUCACACAGGAGAGAAGCCAUUUAAAUGCUCUGAAUGCUGCAAGUGUUUUACCCAAAAGUCACAUCUUGUAAAACAUCAGAGGAGUCACACAGUAGAGUAACCAUAUAAUCAAUUUUGUUAAAGACUGGAGAAGAGAAACAUUCAAUGUCCAUAAAUAUUUUCACAAAAAAGAUUACAUUUGAAAUGAUCACUUCACUGAAGCUUUAACAAGGUAAAUAUAGUCCAAUGAUAGAACACAGCUAUGAUUGCAUAUAUUAAUCAGCUCAGGUGAGCGCAAAGUAAAGAGAGAAUAUAUAUUGUCUCUAGCCACAGGAAUAGAGUAAAUGUAAUAAACAAUGCAGGCCACAUGUGUGUGAAAUCUUAUUGAUGCAUGUAUAUACUGUAAUGUAGAAACUCAAUAAAAAUUUGUGAAAUAUAAAAGGCAUAAAGAACUUCUAGAAAAUCUCAUUCAAGGAGAUGAGAUACCCAAAUGUAGAUUGUCCAUGUCUCUUGAAACACAAAGUAAAUUGGGUUUCUUGGUAGCAAAUUGGGUUUCUUCUUUGGUAUUCUUGUUUUCUGCAAUUGUCACAUUUACCAUGUAUUCUUUAAUACUCUCUACCUUUUUGUGAACUCCCAUUGUAUCCCAGGAACACAUGACACCUUGCACUGGUUACACCAUCAGGGGGUCAGGCUUUAGGUAGCUGCAGCAGUAGAUCCACGUGCUUUCAACAUGCUUUUUAUAAGCAACCCGAUCUGUACUCUCACCUCCCUAUUCACAUGUCUGAUCAUUCAGACACAAACAGAUGUGUCCACAUACACCUUACUGACUAUUCUGCCAUGGCCUGCCAAUAAUGGCACAAGAUAUUCUACUCUGUCAUGUCUAGCCAUAUGUAAAGGGGCUGAAAUACAGUGCAGGUAGCAUUUUCAGAACACUACAGUAUACUGCAGCUGUGUAAAAUGGUCAGUGUCAGUUUAUUUGACCAUUUAGAAAUCAAAAGACAGUGACUUAUCACCUUCAGGUAUUGUGGUGAAUUGGUAAAGUCACUGCAUAUCAUAGUAGCUGCUUGGGGUCCAAAUCCAAUUGUCUGUGUAU